AUGUCGCUGCGACAAGUUGCUCGCACCAUCUCUAGGCCGAUACCUUGGUCUCGCCGAACACCUCGCUUCUCUCUAGCACCCACCAGGUCCUUGAACACGGUACCGCGAUGCCCUUCCCCGACUUGCGAUUGUGCAGAGACCCCAGAGAUGCCCGAGGGUCUCCCGAUAGACUACGAUGGGAAGCUGAGCGGCUUGAUAUCCAGUUAUGCUGAGCAAGUGGUUGUCUGUACAGGACAGAAGGAUUGGUCAUCGCGCAUUGAGGAGGAGAAUAGCGGCGACAACUUGGCGGCGGACUUGAAGGAAUUAUUAGGUCGCGGGGGCAUCUACAGCGAUCCUUUUCACAAUAUUUCCGUCCUCAACUCUUCUUUCCCAUCCUCUAUAUCUCGCCGACCUGAGAUCCAGAGCACAUCCGCCUAUCUAUUGCCAAGUUUCAAAUACGUACCUUUUCUUCCUAGGGUGUCUUUUGAAGCUGUGCAAGCCCUAGUGAAAGGAUAUCUAUUGCCCGAGAAGCUGCAUCCCAUGAACGACGGGUUGCCUCAGAUACACAAGGACCGGCUUGUAAGGAAAGAAGCAUAUCAACACCUCUUACCGGGUGUUCGUGAUGUAGAAGACGUAUUAGUCCUCAUAUGCGGCCAUGGUGGCAGGGACAUGCGAUGUGGUGUUAUGGGACCUGUGCUACUGGCCGAAUUCGAGACACAGCUGCCCCAAGCUGGUUUCGAAGUUCUUCACGGGCCUGUGCUUGACGAGAGUAUCUCUGCUCCUGCAUUGCCUGGCACCGACACAGCAGGAAUGAAGCCGCCCACUGCAAGAGUUGGCCUUAUCAGUCACAUAGGCGGCCACAAAUUUGCUGGUAAUAUCAUCAUUUAUUUGCCUCCGGCUUUCAAGAACAGCGCUGGUAAUACGCACCCACUGGCUGGUCAUGGUGUCUGGUAUGGAAGAAUUGAACCUAAACAUGUUGAGGGUGUAGUCCAAGAAACCAUCCUCGGAGGGAAUGUCAUUGCCGACCACUUUCGAGGAGCUAUCAAACAGAAUGGGGAAAUCCUCCGCCCUCAAUGGGUCCUACCGGUGUUUAUAUUCGCCGCCUCAGCCGGGGUCGCAUAUCUGUACCGGCGACAAUCUCCAUCUCCCGAUGACGAUGUGAUCAACACGUCGACUUUCAGCGCCUUUACAAUCACACGGAGAGAACAAGUAUCUCCGACUGCGUUCAUAAUCACCCUGCGGCCCAGUGCGUGGGUUACUCCUCAGGAACUUGAGUCGGGACGUGUAGGGGAAGACGACGGCCAAACGGGGGUUUUGUCAAGUCGUAUUCAAGAAGCUUGGAAUCAUGGCCUCUGGUCUGUUGAGAUUAAGCAGCCGCAGCUGCAAAUAGCGAGACAUUACACGCCUUUGCCGCCUCUGCCGGCACUAGCAGGUUCAGAGCCGGACGAGCAGGCUGACCUCCGUUUUCUCAUUCGCAGAAUGGAUGGUGGCGAAAUGUCAAACUAUCUUUCGAGACAAAGUGUAGGCGACACACUCUGGUUACGUGGCCCACAUCUAGGCUUCGAUGUUCUGCGCCGAUUAGGUAACGACAGUGGUGCCACAAAAGGGGAUGCUGUUGGUCCAAGGCGCAUAGUGUUCCUAGCUGGGGGGACAGGUGUCGCGCCGGCCUUGCAGAUCGCGCACAAGGUCUUGGAUGGUACUGACUACAAUGAUGGAGAGAAAAGUCGGCCGCACAUAUCCAUUCUCUGGGCUAAUCGCUGGGGCGCAGACACACUUGGCCGUGAACAGUCUUCUAUCCAGGGGAAGCCGAGCAACUGGUUCAGAUUUUGGGGCGUCAAUUCGAGUUCAAAUCCGAAACCAACACAAGAAAAAGCCACUGAAGAUCUAGAAUGCUCCUUAGCGCUUCAAAUUCGAGAGCUAAAACGGCGUCACCCGUCGCAUUUUGACAUUUCCUAUUUUGUCGACAAUGAAGGCUCCUUUAUCGAAGCGCGUGAUAUCAAGGCUGCACUUGCAUCUACUGCACCAUCGACGGUGCUAGGUGCAAGAGUAUCUUCAUCCUCAUGUAAGAUAGAUAGAAGCUGCGCAUGGCAUUCUCAAAAGGCUGUUGAGCUUCUGCCGAACGAUAACGACUUUGAGCGUUCUUCGUCUUCCGAUUUCGCUUGCAUGUGUGCCUAUACUCCCGAACCCAAAAUCAAAAGCACUGGAUUGAGUCCUGGAGUGAAUCUUGUGGGCAUUUCAGGUCCAGAUGGGUUCAUUGAGGCGUAUGCGGGUCCGAAACGGUGGCAUGACGGCAAUGAGAUGCAGGGCACCAUCCGCGGUCUGUUGGGCAAGAUUUGGAAGGAUGAAGGACAUGGAGUUGGAGAUUGGUUAGUGUUGAAGUUAUAA